AUGCUACUUGUCACCGGGAACAGAGAGAGAUUUCUCUGUUAUUUCGCGCUUUUCUCAAUAUUAUUCCUAAUUUACUCGGUUAGACAAAUCAAAUUUGGAAGUGUUCUGAACGAUCGCUGGAAUGACUGUAACUGUAGCGGGGAGAAUGUAAGGCUAAUGUUUACAAAGUCAUGUCAGUACAUUUUUUGUUACUUUAUGCUGCCUAACAAUUCCAGCUUUGCUAUCCCGGUCUUGACAUUCUGGGACAACGAAGCUUUGGGAAAGCGUUCGACUGCUCUUUACUUUCGUAUGUUAAGAAAUAUCGGCUCACCGAUGACGAGGCUUCGGUUACUUCCAACGAUUACGAAAACUUGAACGAUGACUGGAUACCAAUCUUUGUUACGGCAGUUUCGAGCAAUCAUUUCGGAGAGUUGAGGAAAAUGGCGAAGAAUAUCAUGAAGGUGUUUGGUAAUUACACCCUGAUAGUAUACGAUAUCGGACUUGCCGACGAGUUUGUAAGUCGGAGAGGUUUCUCAUGCGGACAGUCAUUACUUCAUCCUUUGCUUAUAGAUACUGGAGAUGAAAUCCUGGUGCAAUCUAGAAUACCGACCUUUCAAUUUCUCCUUGUAUCCGUUUCACGUGCGCAAUCUUUCCAACUACGCGUUCAAAAUGGCGAUCGUUGAGACAAUUCAGGAAGUCAAAAGCUUUUUCUUCAUAGACACCAGCGGCCGUUUUAUUAAGCCAAUGCAAGCAAAAGUCCUGGAUCAUGUAAAACGAAAAACAAUUCCGCCUCUGUCGAUAUUUACAAGAACGUGGCAUUCAAUUUACGCUAGCACAAAUCCAGGUAAUUAUUUUUUAAACGUUGAGAAGUUGCGAGCUGUGUUUAGGCAUGUUCAAGUAUCUCCCCUUGCCCCCACUUCUUUCGCAGCUUCACGAGUAUCAAGCCGUCCUCUUUGUUUCUGACUCGCCAUACACUCGGAAAGCGCUAAAAUGGUUUACCUUGUGCGCUCUGACACCCGGUUGUAUUCAACCUUCAGGCAGUCAACGCCACUGUUCUCGUCCAGAUAAGCGAACUCGGGUAUUGAACCGAUAUAUGGGAUGUCAUCGGUAUGACCAGAGCUUUUGGAAUACCUUUUCGGUUACUCAACUUUUUGACCCAGUCGACCCGUGGGCUAAGACUAUUUUCCGGCUUAAGGAAUGGCCCGUAAAUUUGAACGGCGAGUUUGUAAGACAGAUCGAGAAUCGGAGACUAUGGCAUUGGAAAAUGUUCGAAGACGACUUUCACAUUUGGUGGGAAGAUCGACGGAACACCACGUUAAAGCUACCGUGUAAUUGAUCGAGUGUUAGUUAUUGUAUUUUGAAUUUAUAUUUUGGAGAUGUUUAUUGUAAAAAAAAUCUACAAGUCUUGAGUUGAGGUUUAAUUAUUUAUCUUCGCCGAAGUUUCUUUUACUAGGCCGCGCCAGCCCAAAUUCCACCAUCAACUGCCAUGGUGGCGCCGGUUAUGGCCAGCUCGACAUACUUGUCAACAACGCUGGUGUUUCUCAUCAAACUGGAGCUGAUCCGGAUUCUGCCGAAAACAUGGAUUUUGUAUACAGUGUAAAUCUUAGAAGGUAAAGCAAUUCCGCCAACCAUGUCUGCGAAAGAUAGCGUAAUGCCGUAAGCCCUGGAGGGAUUCAAACCGAAUUUUUGACCCGCCAUGGGAUGAGUGAAGGCACUGGAAAAGGAUUGGAAGAAAUGUUUGCUAGAAAAGUGAUCGCCUUGAAAAGAUUUGGAACACUUCGAGAAUUGGCCAACAUGGUGCUGUUCGUAGCGAGCGAUGAAGCUACAUAUAUCACCGGAGCUAACAUGAUCGUUGACGGGGGAGUCUUGGCUGGAACGCCAACUGAUAACUAUUUGGAAUAG